UUUUCACAUACAUAUAUCAUUUGUGCUUAUUGCCCUCUUCGCGUAAUCCGAUCAUCUUCUGCUAUCAGUUUUUCAGUGACCAAGAUGCAAGGAGGAAGAAGUAUUUUGGAUUCCUUAACUGAAACCAUUGACCUUAAUCAGGGAUUGGUGCCCAGUAGCAGUUCCAUGGAUCGGUCUAGCCCUUGGGAUAACAUUCUUGAUCCAGCAGGGAGCCGUUUUUCAAAUUCAGUGCCUGCUGCUAGUGAGGGCUAUGCUGGUUCUCCGAGUGCUCCUAGUUUCAGUGGCUGGGAUCAAGGUGAGUCUAGCUCUGCAGCCGAUUUAAAUGGUCGUGUUUAUUGCAGCGAUUUAAAAGCAGGGCAUAUGUGGCCUUCUUCAUCGAGCAAUUAUGCUGUAGCUGAUCAAGGGUCAGAAGAAAGGGGGUUUGAGUCCUCCAAUGUUUUUGCUAAUAAGAGCUUCAGUAGCAGUUAUGGUGGCAACCAUCCGAUUAGCAGGCCUAGUACGCAUCAUUUUAAUUCCAAUCAUAGCCCUGGAAAUGAUGGUCAUCUCGUCACCAGAACAGGUGCACCUUCAAAUGUUUACAAGUUUGGUGGAUCAGAGGCUGAGCAUAUUCCAGCUCUCGCUGCUUCUUCUGAUAAUACCGGGACGUCAUAUAAUUCUGGUUAUAUGGUUGGAAACCAAGAUGUGUCUGGUUCUUCUUGGGGCACGUGGGGCUUAUCUGGCAAGCGGAAAACUCUAGAAGGUAGCUCCCGCCAGUUGUCUGUGGGUGGAAGUUCGAGCUCCAACCCACGAGCCGAGGACAUUGUGCUCCAUAAUGUUCCUGCUUGUUAUAAUAGUUCUGGUAGCUUAGGUAUAUCGUCACCGUCCAAUCCUGUUGAUUUUACGGAGCAACGCAACUCAAGAAAUGGACAUGGUUCAAGAUUUGGGGUUGCUGAUGGAUUCCCGCCUUUAAGCGUUAAUAGUGUUGUAGAGAGCUCUAGAGCAAUUGGUUCUUGGGCAAAUAUUAGGAAUCAGGAAUCAGUUUCGUUUGGUUUACCUCCAAUUGGAGCUGCCAUGGGGCAUUCAACUGUUAGUUCUAUUGAUAUGCCGCCCAGACCUAUCUCGAUAAAUGAUUCUUCUGAAAUGAGACAGCCAUUAUCAGCGCCAUUGAAUCCGAGCCAUACAGCAAGUCAGUCUCAAUCAAUGCAGGGUCCUAGUUUUCCAAGGGGCAGGCAUUCGUUUCCCUGGAAUGGAUCACAUGAUUCGCAAGGUGGUGGUAGCUCAGGUUCGAAUAUGGUAUCUGGAGGCCGUGGAGGGAGAAGUGGAAUAUUUCGAGGUGAAACCAGAUUUAGGAGCUCCCUGAGAAAUAAUGCGGAAAAUCGCAGGUUGAACUCUGCUACCGAGGCUCGAAAUUUUGUACAAAAUACUACUAAUUGGAACGCAGACAUUCCUUCUGGUUCUGGAAUUGGUUCCGGUUCUCUUAUGCAGGCUUCUCAUACUCCAUGGGUGCCUAAUCAGAACCUAACUAGUAGUAGCCAUCAAAGAUUAUCCGAGUUUUCCCCUUGGACUCUUUUCCCACCCGCAGAACUUGAAUCUGCAAGCCGGAGAGGUCAUAUUUCAUCUCUGCAUUCAGCUACUACUUCAGAGGGGCCAUCUCGAAGGGCUAACCGUCAUUCACGUCCUUAUAACCGAUCAUCUAUGAUGGUGGACGUUCCAGGUGAUGAUCACAGUGGUUGGCGUGCUUUAGCUGGUGAUAUUGACGGGAGGCACAGAAUGGCAACUGAGCAACAGAUUCGUCAAGUACUUAAUGCUAUGAGAAGGGUUGAGAACUUGCAUGCUGAGGAUUAUAUGAUGUACGAACCAUUUAUUAAUGGGGUUGGCGAGUUUCACGAUAGGCAUAGAGAUAUGAGGCUUGAUGUGGACAACAUGUCUUAUGAGGAAUUGUUGGCGUUGGAAGAACGCAUAGGGAACGUGAACACAGGAUUGAGUGAGGAGUCCAUUUUGAAGGUUUUGAAACAGCGUAAGUAUGAAUCUAAACGCUGUGGAGGAUUAUCAUCAGACUUGGAGCCAUGCUGUAUAUGCCAGGAGGAGUACGUUAGCGAGGAUGAGAUUGGCAUAAUGGAGUGCGGGCACGAGUUCCAUAUGAAUUGCGUUAAACAAUGGUUAAUGGAGAAGAACCUAUGCCCCAUCUGUAAGGUGACAGCUUUAAAUAGUUGACAAGAGACCGACAUUCCCUCUCAUCAUCCUCGUAGGAACGAAAAGAAAAGAAAAGAAAAACAUGUCUGGAUGAUCCAUCCCUCCUAGAAGCACAAAAGUGAAAUAUUGAAAAGCAUCCUGUUUUUACUGGUUCUCAUGAGCUGAGGGACAUGGGAUCUAGAAAAAAUAUUUGCAGCUUUGUUAAUACCUCUGUAUAAGUUGCAAACAGAUAGAUUGGUGUUUUAAAUAAUUUAGCAUGAAUGAAUAAUACAAUGCAAGAGGAGACAUUUUAGCAGUAAAA